AUGAAAGUGGAUGAUAUCAACAAAACUAUCCAAAAGAAAAGUAAGGUGAGUAAUGAAGAAAUGAAUGAAGAUGAGUAUGAGAAUUCUAGAUUAAAAUAUAUAAUAAUGAUGCUUGCAUGUCUUUUAAUGUUUGAAAAUAAUUAUUCAUUCGAUAAUCCAUAAGCAUUAUAAAAAUAAUUAACAAAAGAUUUAGAUAUAUCAAUAACUAAUUAUAACUUAUUAUAUUCUGCAUUUUCAUUUCCAAAUAUAUUUUUAACAUCAAUUCGAGGGUUAAUAAUUGAUUUUUUAGGUAAAUGUUCUUAUUUUAUUAAAAAGGUGUAAGAUUUUUGGAAUUAAUUUAUUUAGUGCAAUAAUAGUAGUAAUAGGUGGAACAUCUUUUUUUGGAAUCAUAUUUACACUCUCAUUAUAUUUCUUUGAUAAAAAAGGAUCUAUGA